AUGAAAUCGCAGACCAGUGGGUAUGUGGACCCCGAAGAAUUCAAUGAGGUGAGUUGACCAACGGAUCAUUCUCUCAACAAAGAAAAUCCUUGCAGGACCGCGAAAAAGGGUACCAAGUGCUGAUCACCGUGUCCGGAGUGCUUUCGAUCGUUUCCUUGCUGAUUCUCGUCGUCUUCGUCCCCUCCAUGUACAACUAUGUCGACAAUAUUUCACGAUUCUCAAGGCGAGACUUUGAGUUUUGUCAGGUACGCUUUCUUUCCUACAACGUCUUCGAAAUGAAGUUUGUAGACGUCGGCAGAUGAGCUCGAAACGGAGAUGAUGUCGGUGCGAGAGGGGCUUCUGAAGGGCCGAAAUGUGACGAAAAGGGCCGCCGGAUACGGUCACUACAAUCCGUCGCUUUUGGCCUCCGACUCACCACAGUUCCAGGAGUGUCCUGGUGAGUUUUUUGAGAAUUUUUUACAUCUAGCCCUCGAUUUUCAGCCUGUUGUAUACCGGGAGAGCGUGGACCAUCCGGAGAUCCCGGACUUCCGGCUCUUCCAGGAUCACCGGGUCCAGAUGGAGCCCCCGGACGACCAGGAACCACUCCGAACGCCUCGUGCAUUCCUGAAAGAGUCUUCGAGCCGCCACCAUGUCUGCCAUGUCCACAGGGACCACGUGGAGUGCCCGGACAUCCGGGAUUCCCUGGAGAUUACGGAGAACCGGGAAUCGGCGGACGACCGGGAUCCGAUGGAAUGCCCGGAAAGCCGGGAGAGCCAGGACUCGCUGGACCAGUCGGAUCACCCGGCGAAUCCGGACCGAUCGGAGACAAAGGAAGGACCCCCGAAGCGCAUGUCAUUCCAGGACCGCCAGGAGACUCUGGACCACCAGGACCAUGGGGACCACCGGGAUCCGCUGGAAUGCCCGGAGAAGACGGAUACGCCGGAACGCCCGGAGAGAAAGGAUGGCCAGGACCGCCAGGAUCGCCGGGACCGAUGGGAUUGGCAGGACCGCUGGGACCGACUGGAGAGCAAGGACCUUCUGGAACUCCUGGCACUUGUGUCUGUCAGGAUACGGAAGUGGUGAUGAACGACGAGAAGGGCAGGAUUCCGGCGCCAAGAGACAAUGUGAGUCAUCACUUUCCAAAGGUGCAGUCUUAUUCAACUUUUGUACAUGUUCAGGUGGCCCCAGGAGCGACAGGCGGCUCAUACGGUCCCCAAGAAUCGGGAUCCGACAGUUCUGCGGCCGCGUCGGUCCCCCAAAGCCAAAACGACGGAUACGGAACUGAAAACUCGUUCAGCGAGCACAAAAACAACGGCGGAUACUAUCACCUGCGCAAGUUCACACAGUGA